AUGAUGUGCACAAAAGAAAGUUUGAUGCUUUUCUCAAUUUUAUUCAUCUUCGUCUUCUUUAUACCACGUCAAUCGAUUGCAGAAGCUUCUCUGAUUGGUAACUAUGACAUCAUUAGAUGCUACGAAGUCGACAUCACAUUUCACUAUCAAAUUGAUGGAGGCCUCACAAAAAGCACCAUAACAAACACCAAAGUGCAGUUUUCUUCUCUUUUUCAACUAUUGCCCGGCCUUCUCUCGUCACAACCAGGUUGCAGUGGUGUGGUGGUCACCAGGAAAGAUAUACUCAGCUCUCCGUCGGGAGUGAAAAGUAUUUUUUUUAGAAUUCCAAUGAUAUUCACAGCAUCAACAAAUGUGGCAGAUAGUCAAGUUUCAACAAAGAUUACAGCUUGUAUAAGUACCCUGACGACAACAUACAAGGGAUCCAUCGAGAGCAACACUCCGAGCAUUUCCCAAAAUGGCACCAGCCAUAACAAGUACAAUGUAUCCACCAUAUCAGAUAAGCGAUCCUGCUGUGGCAAGAAUAUACCGCCACCCUGUUGUGCCGUGGGCUCAGUUAAUGUGUCGAGCACUAAAUGUGGUUGUUUGCCAGGCUUCCAUUUUGUUCCUGGCAGUUUAUGUCAGCGUUGUCCUUCAGACACCUAUCAGGACGAACAAGGUCAAAGUUCAUGGAAAAAAUGCCCAGGAGGAAAACAAACAUUUGGAAAAACAGGAAUGACCAGCAAUUCCAGCUGCUUAGUCAAUUUUUUCCGCCUCGGAUGUUUUCAAGACCGUUCUAACCGAACCAUGUCAGAAAAGCUUGGUAACUGGAGGUUUGAUAGCAAUGCAAUUCAGACGUGCGCGCAGGCUACAAAGGGGGCUGGAUACUUAGUGUUUGGAGUGCAGGAUGGUGGAGAGUGCUGGUCAGGACCGUUGGCUCAUGUGACCUACAAAAAGUACGGAACUACGACCCGAUGUGUGAACGGAACUGGUGGGGCCUGGGUACAAGACGUAUACAGAAUCGUUAGUAAGUGA